AGUACACUGAGUGAAGCACAGCAGUGCCGUUUUAAAACCCUCAUACUCGUUCUUCUUCUCCUUUUAUUUUCUUUGCUGUCAGCUGUCUGACUUCUACUUUAAAGACCGCCUUCUUUAGACGCUCUAGCUGGCAACCUUUGACCCCGGGAUAAUGGAAUUAUCACUGAUGUCUGCACAGCAAUUCCCGGCUGUGAGCGGGGCCUUCAUGGAUUCUCCGUACAACGGCAACACAUCCUUGCAGACGUCCACGUCCAACCUCAAUGCCGGCUAUUCGCGGCCCUCAGAAGCCGAGGAUGACGGCAAAGUGUCCAGUGACACCAUUUGGCUGUGGAUUGCUGUCCUGGCAACAAUUGGCAACAUAGUGGUGGUGGCUGUGGUUUGUGCCUGUGCCUUCUGACAAAGUAGAGGAGUGGAACAAAAAAAUUCUGCUGCUGUCGGACAUGGCAACUCUUGUAUAUUUUGAAAAUAUAUUUUCUCUAGAAAUGUUGUAAAAUAGCCUUACUUUAAGACUGAUCCCAUGGAUUAUUUUUAUUUUAAAUGUAAGCAUCAGUUUGAGUUUUGCAGGGGAAUUUGCAUGGGAGUCUUUAUUCGCACAGACCCGUCACCCCACUCCUUUUUCAAAUCAGCGAUCAUAUUGAAAUAAUUAGCUGAGAGAAUCUUUCUGUUCAUUUGUACAGUUCAACAACCACAAAAGGAAAGCAACAAUUAAGGUUGUGAUAUAUGAGAUAAAAAUGUGAUUUUAGCAGUUGGUACAGAAGUUCACUUUAACGUAAAAUGUGACAAAAUGGCUCAAUGGCCAAACUCAGAUGACGUGCAUGUACAUCGUGUAGUUUUUUUUCACAUUUCAUCUGACUGAAGACCCAGAAAGUUACACGAUGCAGGAACUUUUCCCUUUUUUUAAAAAAAUUUCCAAAGUGAAAACUACAUAUUACAGUUAAAAACAGACCUUUGUUCCCUUAUGCAAUGCACAGAUUUAAAGACAUUUCUGCUGUUACCCUUGUACUGCCUGUUUCUAGAAUGCUUCAUUUGAGAGCACUAUCAUAAUUCAUUGGUUUCCUUUGUGUGUAACCUGUUUAAUAUGCAUUAAAACCCAUGGCUAUG